AUAGAUUUUGAUGAUAAACCUCUAUGGAAUCAUGUUAAAGUAAUUUCAAUGGCUCCAAAUGGGGGUGGGAAUAGGACAUGGUCUUGUAACUAUUGUAAUAAAAUAGUUACGGGAUCAUAUAAUAGGGUGAAAGCACAUCUUUUGAGAUUAUCGGGUCAUGGUGUUCAAAUAUGUAAAGAAAAUAGUGGUGAUAUAUAUGCGAUUUUGAAGAUGGAGCAUGAACAAGCGGAAAGAAAACGAACCAAUGUUCAAGUUGAUGCAAGAAAAAAAGAUGAUUAUAUAUCACUUCCGGAGGGGACUGAUCUUAUUCAACAAAAAAAAAACGAAAGAGUUCGAGUAGUGGAGCUAUCGGAAAAUCAUUCGGCAUCUAUGAGAGGAAUACGGCCGACAAAUUAGCCGCUAGGAUGUUCUACGCAUCAGGUUUAUCAUUCAACUUUGCCAACUCUCCUUAUUUUAAAAAAUAUUCUAAGUUUCUAGCCGAAAAUUCCAUUCCCGGUUAUAUUCCCCCAUCAUAUAAUAGAUUGAGGUCAACUCUUUUAGCUCAAGAAAAAACACAUAUUGAUAGAAAGUUGCAACCAAUAAAAGGUACAUGGAAAAAGAAAGGAUUGUCGAUUUGUUCGGAUGGAUGGUCCGAUACUAAAAGACGACCUUUGAUCAAUAUAAUGGCAUCAUCUAGUGGAGGCCCAAUGUUUUUGAAUUCAAUCAAUUCUAGUGGAAUCGUAAAAGAUGGUGAAUAUAUUGCUAACUUAUUUAUUGAAGCAAUAGAAAAUGUAGGUUCAAACAAUGUUGUUCAAGUUAUUACGGAUAAUGCAAGUAAUAUGAAACUUGCCGGUACUAUAGUGGAGCAAAAAUAUCCUCAUAUAUUUUGGACUCCUUGCGUUGUUCAUUGUUUGAAUCUAGCUUUGAAAAGUAUGUGCCAACCUUCGGAAAAAUCACCUCACUUUACUAAUUGUAAAUGGAUUUUAGAGUUACUUAGUGAAGUGAGCAAUUUAAAGAAUUUUGUUGUGAACCAUGACAUGGCACAUGCACUUUUUCAAAAACAUUCGGAUUUGUGUUUGUUGAAGGUUGGUGAAACAAGAUUUGCCUCACACAUCAUUAUGACCACCCGAAUUCGCAAAGUAAAAUCUUCUUUGGAGAAAAUGGUCAUGGAUGAUGAAUGGAAGAAUUAUAAGGGGGAUAAGGGAAUUGAAGCCAAGACACGUGAAAUAAAAUCGUUCAUAAUGAAUGAUGAAAAAUGGGAUAGUAUUGACUAUUUCUUGAAAUUUACGGAACCAAUUGUUGAUAUGCUAAGAAGUGCCGAUAUUGAUGGUCCAAAAUUACAUCUCAUUUAUGAUAUGUGGGACUCAAUGAUUGAGAAAGUCAAGAAAGUCAUCUUUGAGCAUGAGGGAAAAGAUCUCAUUUCCGGUCAAUCAAAUUUUUUUGAUACUAUUCAUGAUAUUCUUGUGGCUAGGUGGAACAAAAGUAACACACCUCUACAUUGUAUGGCACAUUCUUUGGUUCCCAAAUAUUAUCAUGAAUCAUGGCUUGAAGGAGAGAAUGGAAUUCGAAAGCUAGCUCCCAAUGAAGAUAGUGAAAUUUCAUUGAAUAGAGUCAAGUGCUUUCAAAGGUACUUUAAAAAUUCUAAUGAAAUGAAACAAGCCUCAUUGGAGUAUGGAUCCUUUUGUAGCGGAAAUGGCUAUUUUAGUGAGCCUCAUGUGAUUGACGCUAUGAUGUAUGAAGAUUCUCUUUCUUGGUGGGCAAAUCACGGGGUCUCGGCUCCACUUUUGCAACAAUUAGCUUACAAGUUGCUUACUCAACCGGCUUCUUCCUCUUGUUGUGAAAGAAAUUGGAGUACAUAUUCUUUGAUUCACAAUAUCAAGAGAAAUAAGUUAGCAACUUCAAGAGCCGAAGAUUUAGUGUUUGUACAUUAUAAUCUCCGAUUGUUGUCUCGCAAGAAAGAGAAAUAUAUAAAUGGGCCAAGCAAAUAUUGGGAUGUUGGUGGAGAUCGGUUUGAUAUUGAUGAGACAACUAAUGAUCUAACCGAGCUUUCAAUAGAUGACCCUCAAAUUGAAGGUGUGAUAUUUGAGGAAGAGUUUGAAGAUUUGGAAGAAGUUGAAGAAGAUGUGGAAGAGAUAGCUAACUUAAUUAAAUAACUUGAUAAUUGACAAUAUUUUGUUGUUAUGUUAAUUUUAAGUUAUGAAUUAAGUUGAGACAAUCUCUUGUUUUUUGUUCAAUAGUAUGUUUUACACUUUUGCUUGGUGUAUUGAAUAUUGAUUAGUAAUUAUGAAUAUCUAAAUUAUGG